CGGCGGCUCCCGCGGGCGAGGCGGGACGGGCCUGGCCCUCCGUCCGCACGGCACCGACCUGCCCGGCACCGAGCUGCCCGGGUGAAGAGCACAGAGAGGAGCUGCGCCUGCUCCCGCUGCGGGCACGGGGACAGUGACAGAGCCCAAGUGCCCAGCCAGCCCUGGCAUCCAAGAUGUCCUUGAAGGUGCAGACCAGCAACAUCACCAACAAGAAUGACCCCAAGUCCAUCAACUCGCGGGUGUUCAUCGGCAACCUCAACACGGCGGUGGUGAAGAAGUCGGAUGUGGAGACCAUCUUCUCCAAGUACGGGCGCGUGGUCGGCUGCUCCGUGCACAAGGGCUACGCCUUCGUGCAGUACUCCAACGAGCGGCACGCGCGCGCCGCCGUGCUGGGCGAGAACGGCCGCGUGCUGGCCGGCCAGAGCCUGGACAUCAACAUGGCCGGGGAGCCCAAACCCAACAGACCCAAAGGGCUGAAGAGAGCAGCCUCUGCCUUGUACAGUGGCUACGACUUCGACUAUGACUAUUACAGAGACGACUUCUACGACAGGAUCUUCGAGUACCGGGGCCGGGUGUCGCCGGUGCCGCGCGUGGUGCCGGUGAAGCGGCCGCGCGUCACCAUCCCCCUGGUGCGGCGCGUCAAGGCCUCGCUGCCCGUCAAGCUCUUCGCCAGGUCGGCCGCCAUCGCCAACAGCUCGGCCAAGCUCAAGUUGAAGAGCAGCGAGCUGCAGACAAUCAAAACGGAGCUGACACAGAUCAAAUCUAACAUUGAUGCUCUCCUGGGCCGGCUGGAGCAGAUUGCUGAGGAACAGAAACUGUCUGCAGAGGCCCGGAAGAAGGCAGAGAGCAGCAAGAACGAGGUGUCCCAGGAGGACACGGCCUCCGAGGCCGAGGCCACCGUGGAGGAGCCGCUCAACGGGGACGAGGGCGAGGAGGAGGGGCUGGCACGGGAGUGUGAAGAUGAACUGGAUAACAGCCAUUACACAGACGUGGAGGAUGCCAGGCUACAGUAACCAGCAUGGAGCUUGGCUGCUCAGCUGGGUCACUGGCCAGCCCUUCGCCCCCUUUCCUGAGUGACAAAUCUCUGGGGUUCGAGGACAGUGCUGUAGCUCCCCCUUCUCUCCUUGCAGCUGUGAGCAACAGUGUGAGGAAAGCACGAGGCUAAACCCUGUCCUGGCACGUUGAGCAAGGCAAGCUGAAUGGAAGUGCUGCUGUCAUCUCUACCUGGCAUUCAAAGGAGAAACAUGGCCCAACAUCUUCCAUCCAUCUGUAAAGCAAAGGCAAAGAAAACUCAUCCUCCCAGCAGAUCCCCACCACCCCUGCAAUGCAUUCAGAGCUCUGCAGCCAGCAGAGGAGGCAGGAGCCAGACCUGCACAACCCAGAGCCACCACAGAGACCAGGAGAGCAGGUGUGUCCCCAGGGCAGCCAGAGGUGUUCUAGAGCUGCUUGCAGGAGAGCAGAGAGCUCAGCCCAGCCCAAUAAAGACAUUUUUCCUGUGUGAGGUGACAGCCAGAGCAUUUCCUAACUGAGGGAAAAGCAGUGUCUCAGUCUGGACAGUUUGUGUUCUUGUGCCCCAUGAGCUGCUGUGUGUCCACGGUCACUUCCAGGUGGAAAGGAGUCGGUGCUGGAGCAGCUGCUGUGCUCUGGAAAGCUGCUUGAGGAGGGAAGGGGAGAGGAAGCUGCAGGAAAGCAAGUGAUCCCAAGCAGGAGAAAGCAAGCAAACACCACCUUCAGUGGUUUGGUGUCCUCAUUGUCCACCCUGUCAGGGCUGAGCAAGCCUGUGCAGAGUGAGGGGCAUGGAUGAGACCCUUUCCUUGGACCAGCUCCUCCUGGAAGGGAGGUGGAGCACCCAACUCCUACAGCCUGGAGCCAGAGACAUCAGCCCCUUCCCUGGCUGCCCACACCUCCCCCUGCCCCAGUCAGGGCACAUCAGGAGCGUGGUGCUGCUCUGCUCCUGCCCGAGCUCCAUGGCCAGGGUGACAGCGUGCCUGAGGCUGGCACAGGGAAUGCCCCGGGCAUGGUGCAUGUGGGUGGGCAGCACCUCCCUGCUCCCCAGCUCCCAGCUGCUGUGCCCCUGCCCCGUGCUGCCAGCGGAGGCUCGUCGUGGGACCCCGCAGCCGAGAGGCCUCAGCCGUUCUCUCCUCGUUCCUCCUUCCUGGGCUCCUCCCGUUUCCCAGGGACUAGAACUCACGCAGCACUUUACUCACACCUGGUGUGUCCUGCCCGCCCCUUCCCCUCCAGAACACACACACACACAGCAGUGCUUGGAACCCAGAGCAGAGUCCAACCUUCCCCCUGGCCAGUCCCUCCCACGCAACACCUGCCUGGUCCUGACUGCUCCAACCUCAUCCACAACAUCUCUUGGAAGGGUGAAGGGUAAACAGCUCCAGGGGUGUCACUUCCCUGCCCCUGGCGCCAUCCUGGAGCACGCAUGGCUCUUGAAGCACAAAGUUUUCUUUGCAUUUCUUGGUUUGGGCUGCUUGAGGAGGGGUUGGAGGGAGAGCCGUGCUUGCCCCGCCCUUGCCUGGUUCCUGUGCAAGGUCUGCACCGAGUUGUCCCUGAGCUGUUCUCCAGGCCUGGAGAGAUGAGCUGCAGGUUUGGCUGUGAACUGACCGUGCUGCUGCUGUUUGGGAGAGAAGUGACCUUGUACAUAUGAUCCUGUAUAAUAAAAGAAAGAAAUCUAA